CGCCCCUCGCCCCCCACCUCACCCCGGCCCCGAAGUCUCAGCCGAGCCCCACCGAGACAGGUGUGCCCCGCGCGCCAAGAUGCAGCUGCGGCUCUGGCUUCUUGCCACGCAGCUUGCAGCUCUCCACGGCAGCUCCGCACUCCAGCAGACCCCUGCCUCCCUGAAGAUUCAGACGAACCGAAUGGUGAUGCUCUCCUGUGAAGCCAGAACCUCCCCCACUAGCAUGCGCAUCUACUGGCUGAGACAGUGCCAGGCGCCCAGUGUGGACAGUCACCUUGAGUUCCUGGCCUUGUGGGAUUCCACAAAAGGGACCGUGUAUGGUGAGGAGGUGGAGCAGGAGAAGCUAACUGCAUUUCGGGAUGCAAAUCGGUUCAUUCUAAAUCUCACAAGUGUGAAGCCUGAGGACAGCGGUGUCUACUUUUGCAUGACCAUUGGGAACCCCGAGUUGACCUUCGGGAAGGGAACUCGGCUGAGCGUGGUUGAUGUCCUUCCCACCACUGCCCAGCCCACCAAGAAGUCCACCCCAAAGAAGAAAGUGUGCCGGUUCCCAAACCCCGUGACUCCAAAAGGCCUGUCUUGCAGCCGCCUCACCCUUGGCCUGCUGGCGGCCGGCGGCCUGGUUCUGCUGGUAUCUGUGAGUGCAGCCCUCCACCUGCACUGCCAGCAGAGGAGAGCCCGGCUUCGCCUCUUGAAACAGUUUUAUAAGUGAGCAGAGAAUAUGCUUUUGGUGACCUGCUGCAAAAAUACACUGGUCAGUAAUGAGCAAGAUCUGGAAAAGUACGAGAAUGGACACACCCAACCAUGGGAAUUUCAUUGACCUGCUGACGCUGCCUGCUUUUAACUACUGCAAGUUCUUUCUGUGACCCUCAUGCAUGGGAACUUGUUAGUUGGUCAUUGGGAAUCUUAGAAAGCUUCAGAGCCUCAGGGCACUUCCUGUAACUCAGGGGCAUGCUAGAGGGUUGGGUAAGAAACGUGCUCCGGACACCACUCUGGCUGGGACCUUUGGUGUUGGCUGCCCAGCCACCAUCUUGCAAGUUGCUUUGCCAUGCUAACGCAGUGACACUAAGUCCUGAGUCUCUCCUGGGAUGGUGCUGAGACGGCUCGCCUUAGUUUUCCCAGGCUGGGGCUCACUGUCCUCACAGACAGCCCCAGAGACCAGACCCUACAUGGAAAUAAGCCUUCCGCAGGGCCUGACCUGGUGCCCACAAUCAUUUCCAUCCCUGAGGCCCCUCCUGGGGAACUGGGGACUUGUGGUUUGGGGAGCAGGAGGUCACUUGAUUUUCCAGUAGGAAGUUCCUCACCUUCUACUUCUGCCUUUCCAUGGCUUGUAUAUUUCUUCUCUCACUCUCUGUUCUAUGAAAAUGUCCGGGCUGUAAAAAUAAAGUCCUGAGUAAAAGA